CAGAUUUCUAGCAAUUUUAUUCCGGAAAUCAUGGAUGUUCAUCCUACACCUUUUCCUGGCAACAAACCCCAGUCGGUGAAAUCGAAAUACAAGAAGAUCUCUGAAGCACCGAAACAGAAGAUUAAAGAAGCACCGAUUCAAAGGAACCGGCGUACCUUCGGCACUAUUAGAAAUCCCAAUGUCCCAGCAAAAACAUUGCCGGAAAAGCCCAAGCCAAAAACAUCGAAUCAGAUAUCCGUAAAACAACCAAAAACAGAGCCGGAGACUGCUCCAGUAUCAAAAACAGAAUCGGCAAAGAAAACCCCUCAAAAUGGGAGCAAUGAGAAGGCAAAAUUGAGGAAGAAGAAGAGCGUUUCUUUCCCUGAAAAACUUGAGGAAUCAAUUACAAAGAGAUCUCCGGCUGGAGAAGUUGACGGAGUGAAAACUCCAGUGAGACCACCGUUUUCUGUUAAACCCAUCAGAAUCUCGGGAACUCCAUAUCUAAGUGCUGAAACGUGUAGCAGUUGUCGGUUUGAUAGGCUGGAGACUGCGUCGUAUUGGCUGGGUCAGAUCAAAUCAGCAGAGUCCGUCGGCAAGCAUUUUGUCUCCGCCGCUUUCUUCCGUCUUGCCAACGACUGCAAAGCAGAGCCUGCUCGAACUCUUCUAGUGGAAUUAAAGAAAUAUUUAACUCGUUACGAUCAAUUAUGUACCAAGACUGAAUGGAAAGAAGUGUCUCGUAUGUAUGGAAUAUUGAAGAAAGAGACUGAAACUAAAAGUAAUGAAGAUCAUGGGAACUUGUUUUAUGAGGAUACAGGUACGCAAGGAGGUGCUACCGAUGACCAAGAACAAAGAGUAGAGGACGCUGAUGAUAACGAUACUGUGAAAGAAAUAUUUAUACAAGAAACUUAGAUUUGAAUAAUUAUUAGGGUUUUUGAGAGAUUGUUUGUAAGUGUAAAAUUGUGUGUUAGAAUUAUUUUAUAUUUAUAUUGGAGUCAGUGUGGAUUG